UAGCUGAGCUGAGACUGGGCGUCAACAUCGGUCAUUUUUUUCCUGUCAUAUCUCGAUCUCCCGUUCCUGCUGAAAACAUGUUGGUGCUAGUUCUAGGAGAUCUCCAUGUUCCUCAUCGUCAGAGUGGCCUACCAGCCAAGUUUAAGAAGCUUCUUGUCCCAGGGAAGAUCCAGCACAUCCUAUGUACAGGAAACCUUUGUACCAAGGAAUCUUAUGAUUACCUCAAAACCUUGGCCAGUGAUGUCCAUAUUGUCAAAGGAGACUUUGAUGAGACGGUAUCAUACCCUGAGCAGAAGGUGGUAACUGUUGGUCAAUUCCGAGUUGGUAUCAGUCAUGGUCAUCAAGUUGUACCAUGGGGUGAUGUGGAGAGCCUCUCAAUGCUACAGCGUCAACUUGAUGUAGACAUCCUCAUUUCAGGGCACACACAUAAAUUUGAGGCGUAUGAGCAUGAAGGGAAAUUCUACAUCAAUCCCGGCUCGGCUACAGGGGCCUACAGUGCUUUAGACUCGAACACUGUCCCUUCAUUUGUGCUGAUGGACAUCCAAUCAUCAACAGUUGUCACAUACGUCUACCAGCUAGUAGGGGAUGAUGUCAAAGUGGAGAGGAUAGAGUAUAAAAAGAACUGAAAUAUCUUGCUAAAAGUGAAAGAUGCAUUCCAAAGAUAUAGCGAUGUUCCUUGUUACCCCUUACGAUCUGGGAUGAAAAGCAAGCAAUUCCCAGUUUCAGAUAGAUGUCAUAUUCCAGAUAAAUCAUCAGAGUUAUAUGUGACUGGAUCAAACAAGAAUAACAAUUUUCACUCCACAAUUAUGAAUUAAAUGAAUAUAAACUUUUCCUUAUAUACUUUUGAUGAUCCCUUUUAAAGGUAUUUCAUUCUUGCCGACAUCUGUUCAGUUACUGCAACUUUAUUAGCAGAUUUUAGAAUACACCACAGAAAUUAACCUUGGUUGGAUACAUCGGGUCUUCUAAUUGACCAAAGAAGUUGUCCAACCAUCAUUUCAUUCAUUCACUCUAACUUUUGUCAGAAGCAAACUAUUUGCAUAAUAUAGGUGAUAUUAAGUUAGCACUUCUGUUCACCAACGUAGGGCCAAGAUCUGCUUCAUUAUCAUUGUACAUUUUGUCAAAUGACAAACAGAUUUUACAGUUUAAUUGAUUUUAUGGAUAAGACCAGCUGGUGCAACGUGCAUAGAUCAUGACGUGAUUGAAACCGUCAGCAAUUGUUAAUUAUACUAGUUGCCUCAAAUAGAGGAAAGUCAGGUUUAUUUUAUGUUUAUCUUGAGAUGGUAUUUUGUUUGUUAUCAGAUGGCAAGAGCAUGUCACAUUGACUUGAUUUUAUGUUAAAGUUGGUACACUCUUAGAGGUUUAAACCUUCUGUUCUUGAACUUACCUUUAUGGCACCGGGCCAAAAAUAUGAAAUAUUUCAAUCACAACCAACCCCAUAUUUUUCCAUUACAUAUAAUAUGCAUCGUAUUUGUGUUGGUUUUCAAGUAGAUAUAGAUUCUCAACCAGUAAGGCUCAGUUGUAGAGAAUUCAGAAUAAAGCCUAAUGUUACUGCAUAUCAUGGAAUGAGAAUUUCAGUUUGAACAUUAUUUAUAUAUGUUUUAGGUAAAGAUUAAUGAUUUUAUAUUACUCAUCAGCUGCGAAAGCUUUGAAAGAUUUAAGAAUUAUAUAUUUCUACGUAUUGUAUAUAUAUAUAUCAAGACUGUAGCUAAUGUUAAUGUGUCUCUUUUGAAAUAGAGAAGAGAUUCAUUGCCGACUUCAUUAUUGUCAAUUUUGAAACACAGCUCAAAAUAUGUGACAGAGGGGAAAAAACAGUAUUGAUUGAUUCACAUAUUGUACAAUGAAGGUUUGAUGCUAGCAUGUGAAAUCCAAAACAAAAAAAGAACAAUGUACUUGUCUUCUUUGGAAGUGUUAUUAUAGAAUACUAUAGAGUACUAUAGAGCUCUAGGGGUGUUUCACAAAAAUUUGAAUCUGACUAUGAAUUGCAUUUUGAUGCCUACUUGCAUGAGGUAUAUCCCUACAUUGAACAAGGUCUUCUUUAUCAAAGAAUGGUUGAAAUAAUAUGUACAAUUUCUAGUUUACUAUCGGCCAAUCACAUUGGAUGAUCUCAGUAGCUUUCAACUGUCAUUGCAUAUAUGUCAUUCUAACAAGUUUUUUAUGAAACAGGCCCCAGAUCACCAUUAUGGGGCACACUCUGCCGAUUGUUUGAGAUUAUGCAUUGUCGCUUGAGUAUGACUUUUAGUGAGACUCGUCUGUUUACUGCCCUGGCAAAAUGAAGGGUACAGAACUUCUAUAUUUUUAUUGGUAAAAACUCAUCUAAUGGUAGUAUUUGUCAAUUGAUACCAAGGUGUCUGAAGCAGUGUUGCUUUCCAAUGAUGUUGUAAAUGUAUAGAGAUAAUAAAUAAUAGAACUAUGGAUUAGUAGAGAUUUGAUCAUUGUAGAUUAUUUGAAAUAAAUUGUUAUUGUUCAUGAACCAGUGCUUCUAUUCGCAAUAUGUAACAUCCAUUGAAUAGCUGAGUUCUGAACUUCUCAAACAGUACCUGGACCCUUACCAAGAAUACUUAAUUUUGAUCAUGUAGUCUUAUUUACCCAGUAGAAUUUGGCAACUUGACUCAUUAUGACAUUCAUACUACAAAAAUAUUGCUGAGGAACAAAGAUAUUUCCUUCAAAUUAUUCUCAUUAGUUUUUCUAUGAAAGUCAAAUAGCUAUGAUCAUAAUACUAAACUUCUCAAUAUUGUUUUAUGAUAUGGUACUAGUCCCUAGCACCAGUGGGGUCAAGUAGAAGACCCCACUCUGCAGCAGAUGUCAUAGGAUGAUGCAUCCGCCCGUUUAAGCCGUUUGAUGCGAAGAAUUUUCUCUGACUUUUUAUCCCAUGCAUUAUGUGCAUAGAAAUUAAGUUUACUCGCAAUAUUUAUUGUUUCAUGUAGAAAGAGUGUUGUUGCCAAUGUUAUACUAGGCACAUAUUGACCAGUGAUAUUUACUCAGAAUAUUUUUUAAUUCAUACACUCCCAGAGCUGAAGAUGUUCAGAUAGUACAAUCCACAUCUUAUUUACAAGUUGAUACAUGCAACCUGUUUUGGGGGUGCAAACCAGUAUUUUACCACUUUACAGGGAGAGGAAUUGGGCAAAUAGUAAUCAUUUUAAUGAAAGUUAUGAAAAUUUGUUCAUAAUUAGAAGUAAUAAAGUGUACAUAUAUUA